AUCACUGAAUCGUGAAGCUCUGGCAAACGUUUGUUUUAAAUUGUUCAUGUAUCCGCCUUAAUACACGUCAUGCGAUCCAAGGGAAUCGAUAUUUUUAUAUCAUUUUAGCAGUCAGACAUUUUUUCCUUGGAAACCGGGAUCUCUCAGUGCUUCAGGCUAUUAAUAAACCCCAGGCAAAGGAAAUAUAUGUUUUCCUCAUGUGAGAUUGAGCUUAAAAGUUAGGUUAAGAUUUUAAAUCGACGUUGGGUGUUGCUUGCUGGAUAUCUCUCUCAAGAAAAAGGAAAAAUGUCAUGUAGAUGUAUCUCAUGCUGCAAAAAAUGCCAUACAAAAUGGGAGGAAUUGUUGCACAAGGCCUUUGGCAAAAUCGGAACCUUCGUUUCGAAUUAUCCAGUUCAAAUAAUGAUUUGCUGUAUUAUCGUCAACUUGCUAUUGCCAAUCGGAUUGAUUAGGAUUGAAGUUGAAAAUGAUGUCGAAAAACUUUAUACUCCUAUGAAUAGCCAAGCGAUACAGGACCGAGCAGAAAUACGAAACCUUUAUGGAGACCCAACAAACGGUAACUUUCGUUCGUAUCAACUCACCGAUUUUGGAUUAUACGGCAGCGUGAUGAUCAUCUCAAAACAAGGGACAGAUAUAAAGACCCAGGCUUAUGUGGACGAAAUAAAUAACAUCCACAAUAUUAUAAAUACCACCAUUUCUGUAACGGAUUCCGCCGGAACUGUGUACACCUAUAAUGACUUAGCAGCAGGGACCGAUCCUCUACAGGCGAUCUCCGGAUCUGUCAUUUUAUCAAAACCAUUUCAGGACAAUUUUGUGAUAAAUAACGUUACGUAUCCUUUCUUCGGACAAUACACGCUUUCUCCCUUUCUUGCAAAAGCUGUUUCGAAAAACGGAAUGUUGAAUUCCACGAUUGGCGUUAAAUUGCAAUACUACCUCAAAAGCAAUGCAUCAAUGCGAGAACUAUCGAAAUCAUGGGAAAAAGCUUUUGUAUCUAGACUUGAAAAUCUACAAACCAAUCUUACAGAUAUUGCUUAUACAUAUUCAGAGUCGCUUGAAACCGAACUGAACGCUAACACAAAUAGCGAUAUAAAAUUCUUUUCAGUAACUUUCGCUCUGAUGAUGACGUAUGCCUCGAUCGCCUCAUUAACCAUUAACUGUAACAACGUGGCCAAUCGCAUGAAUUUGGGAUUUGCUGGAAUUCUUGCACCAGUUUUGGCCAUUGCUUCUGCGUUUGGAUUUGUCAGUGCUUGUGGAGUUGAAUUCACUAAUAUUGUUGGUGUAAUGCCAUUCUUGGUUGUUGGUAUUGGAAUUGACGACAUGUUUAUUCUCAUGUCGGGAAUGGCGGACGCCCCGCCGCUCACAAAAGUAUCCAUAAAGGAAAGAAUGGAGUUUAUGAUGAAAAAGAGUGGAGUUGCCAUUACUAUAACGUCUCUUACCGAUUUGUUGGCUUUUGUUAUCGGUGCAACCUCUGUUUUCAAAAGUAUAAGGAACUUCUGCAUUUAUACAGGGGUUUCCGUGUUCUUCUGCUACUUAAAUCAGCUUUUCUUUUUGAGUCCAGCUAUAAGAAUAAAUGAACAAAGAACCCUAGAGAAAAGGCAUUACUGUUGCUCCUGCAUGGUCGUGAAAAGAAGGGAAGAUUAUGAAAAGGAAGGGAAAUCAAAAUGUUUUAUUAAUUUAGUUGCUGGAUCAAUUCCAGAAACGAGGCUUGAUGUUGAAAGUCCCAUGGAAAAAUACCCCAAAAAAUUUAUUCUUUUUGUUUUGAAUCAUACAAUAGGGAAAAUCAUUGUCGUUUUUGUCUUCCUUACUUACCUUGGGGCUUCCAUUUAUGGCUGUAUUAACCUUCAACAAGGUCUACAGCUAUUCAAUUUAGCCUCAAAAGAUUCAUAUUUUUAUAAAUACAGUCUUUGGGACGAAAAUUAUUAUACUACCGAACCUAUCAUUACCAUUUGCGUGACAAAAGUCCAAGAUUAUCACAGGACAGGAACACAGGAUUUAUUGAACUCGGUCAUAUCACAGAUGAAAUCGGACAGUUAUAUCGACGGUAACGUUGAAAUCAAUUGGUUGGAUAGCUACAACAAAUCUGCGGUUUAUGACUCUUCAUCAGAAGCAAACUUUGUUACUGGCCUUAUCACCUUUUUGGGAUCACCGGGUGGGCAGUCGUUUACAAACGAUUUAUUUUUAGAUACAACUAACAAGAAAAUAUUGUCAUCCAGGGUUCAUUUAAAGGCCCAAAACAUGAAAACAUCCACGGAACAAGGCGAUUUUAUGAAGCGCAUGCGUGAAAUAUCGGACAAGGCUAACCUUCCGUGCAUAAUUUAUACCCCAGCUUUUGUCUUUUUUGAACAAUACGUGCAAAUUCUAGCAAGUACCCUACAGACUGUAGGCAUAGCUGUGGCCGUCAUGCUUGUUGUUACCUUCAUUUUCAUGCCAGAUAUAAGAGUUGUUAUUAUUGUGUGUAUAACCCUAAUUAGCAUUCUAGCUGGUAUAUUUGGAUUUAUGUACUACUGGGACCUCACUUUGAGUUCUAUAACCAUGAUCCAUCUGGUCAUGAGUGUUGGUUUUUCUGUAGAUUUUAGCGUCCACAUCUGUCAUGCGUUUAUUUCAGUUGAGGGGGAAAGUAGAAAAAUCAUUUUAGAAAACGCUAUGGAUAGGUCUGGUGGUCCAAUCGUGAAUGCAGCAAUUUCAACACUGUUAGGAAUAUUUAUGCUUGCAUUUUCACGAAGUUACAUAUUUAAUUCAUUUGGUAUUCUGAUGUUUCUUGUCAUAGGGUUUGGUCUUAUACACGCUGCCUUCUUUUUGCCCUUAUUUUUAUAUGCAAUAAGUCCUUGCAUCCAUAAUUCGGAAAUGACAAAAGUAGAACAUUCCUCUGGGGAUCUCCAAAGGGAUUCCCAAAACACCCGACCAGAAGGAGCCCCUAGACCGUUACCAACUCCUCCAAAUUUACGAGAAAAACUCCCCCCUCUGGACGAUCACUCACAACAGAAAAUAAAUAAUUAUACUCAAGGAAAUGAAGAGUCGUAUUCUUUACAUAGUGGGAAGUUUACGGAUAUUGGAAAUGGGUAUAAAAUGUAUCAGCCCCCCAAAAAACAUGAAGAUUAGGCAUAUCUUCGCAAAUUAAGAAAAACAAAAGAAUAUACAGCAUUUUGUUACAAAUAAACUGUAUUAAUCUAUCAUGCCGAUUUCAGCAUUGGAUAUACGCGUACUUUGGAAUCAAGCAUUGAUGAAGAUUUAAAGUGUAACUUAAGUAAAAUAAAUACAUACAAAUUGUAUUCUUUUAAAAGCUUGAGGGAAAGGCAAAAUCGGGAAACGAUUAAGUCCUUUGUAACUAGGACAGUGACUCAGGUAAUUUUAUAUGUGUGUCCUCAUCAAAUAUUCAUACGAUCAUCAUAACAUUCAAAUAUAUUUCUUGUCAUGUUAUGUUUUUC